CAGACACUAGACUCCCUCACCACUUUUCCAAGCCAAGAAGAUAGCUUUACCACCCCAGCAUGUCCUCAGACAUGCAGCCGUGUGAUGAAGCGGACCAACUAACUGCUAGAAAACACGGGGCGAGGGAAACCGACGGCACGAGGAGCAGGAAAGCCUGAGAGGGCCUCCCAGUUCCCCUCAUCGUAAGACUUCUACCUGGACUGAACACAAUGGAGACUGUUUGACUGUGGAAGUGGAGGUUUACUGUACAGUAGCUCAGCAGGCCCCAUCACCCCUUCAUGAUAUGCAGUGAGCCCAUGCCCCUAACAGUGGCGUGGUCAGCAGGGCUGCUGCAUCGAAGCAGUGGUUUGUGUGCCGCGCGAGAGGGGGGCAUCUCCCAGAGGACUGUCGGGUCAGUGCGGCGAAGAGCGCGCCGGCUUCUCGGCGGGGAUUCGACCUGAGAGGGAGGCGGUGGUCGGGCCGGCAGAGCUACCUGUUAAUCCCCCUCCAGUUAGCGAUGUGCCUGCAACGGGACAUGGACAUUACAGAAAAUGCUUGUUACCACGAAUCAAGAAUGAAGACCAUAUCACCAAGAACAGGCACAGAGGCAAUUCAAAGCCCAAAUUCCAACUGAAAAGAAGAACAUCACCGGGAACAAAUGCAAUGGAGAUGUUCAACUUCACCAACUACACCUACUGGAAUGCCUCUGACGGCAAUGAAACGGAGCCGGCCAAUCAACCCGAGAGCAAAUACAAGACCGUGGAGGUGGUGUUCAUCGUGCUGGUGGCCGGAUCCCUCAGCCUCGUCACCGUCAUUGGAAAUAUCCUGGUCAUGCUCUCCAUAAAGGUUAACAGGAACCUGCAAACUGUCAACAACUAUUUUCUGUUCAGCCUUGCAUGUGCAGACUUAAUCAUCGGGCUGUGUUCCAUGAACCUGUAUACGGUCUACAUAGUGAUUGGUUAUUGGCCCUUAGGGCCGGUGGUGUGUGACCUGUGGCUAGCCUUGGACUACGUGGUGAGCAAUGCAUCUGUAAUGAACCUGCUCAUCAUCAGCUUUGACAGAUACUUCUGUGUUACAAAGCCCCUGAGCUACCCUGUCAAAAGAACCACCAAGAUGGCAGGGAUGAUGAUUGCAGCUGCCUGGGUCCUGUCAUUCAUUCUGUGGGCGCCGGCCAUCCUUUUCUGGCAGUUCAUCGUGGGAGGGAGGACAGUGCCGGAGAGGGAGUGCUACAUUCAGUUCUUCUCCAACGCGGCUGUCACCUUCGGCACGGCCAUUGCGGCCUUCUACCUACCAGUCAUCAUCAUGGUCAUCCUCUACAUACAGAUCUCCAUAGCUAGUAAAAGUCGCGUGAAGAAGGACACCAGAAAGCCCUCCGGACCCAAUCCGGAGGCCCUGUCGCCCAAGCAGGCGAGGGGCGGUCACGCUGCCAAGCCAAACAACAACAACGUGACAGCGGAGGACACAUCGAGGGCAUGCCAGACCCAGACCACUGACAGUGUGGCCAACCAGCACGAUGGCAGGCUGCAGAACGGCAAGGGCCUGACCACCGCCGGCGGGGAGGGGGAGACUGAGGGUGAGGACAGGGGCAGGGAGAACUGUGCCCACGGAGAGGAGAAGGAGAGCUCCAAUGACUCCACGUCUGGCAGCGUAGCGGCAAUCCAGAGGGACGAGGAGGCAGCGCCAUCCAGAGCUAACUGCACCGUCGAGGCUAGCCAGCCGCCGACUCGCCACCGGGCCAAAGCGGGCGGCUCCAAACUCACCUGCAUCAAGAUCAAGACCAAGUCGGACAAGGGGGACUGCUACACCCCCUCCAACGCCACAGUGGAAAUCGUCCCCGCCACUGACAAGCAGAACCACGUGGCGAGGAAAAUCGUGAAGAUGACCAAGCAGCCGCCAAAGAAGAAGAAAGCGCCGCCGUCUCGGGAGAAGAAGGUGACCCGUACCAUCAUGGCCAUCCUGGUGGCGUUCGUGGCCACCUGGACCCCCUACAAUGUCAUGGUGCUCAUCAACACCUUCUGCUCCAGCUGCAUCCCAAGCCCGGUGUGGACGAUUGGCUACUGGCUGUGCUACAUCAACAGCACUAUCAACCCUGCCUGCUAUGCCCUCUGCAAUGUCACUUUCAAAAAGACUUUCAAACAUCUGCUCCUUUGCCAAUACAAAAACAUUAGGUCAGCUAGAUAAAUAUAGUAUGUUUGUGUGGGUGUGUGUUUGUGUGGGUGUGUGCGGGCUAGCGCGCACAUGUGUGUGUCUAUGUCUGUGUUUUUUUAAUAGGUUAUUUUUAUUUGUUCCUGGUUGAUUACUCCUUUGAUAGCCUGUUGUAGCACUUUACACAAAUCCGUCUGCAGCCAGUUGGGUACAAAUGAGUGGGAGAUGAUUUGAUUUAACAGUGCAGGAUUUGACAGGACUGGUCCUGGGAGUGUUGAAGUUCACAUUGGCAAGUGUAGAAAGGCUAUAAGCUUAAUGUGUUUAAUGAUCCACAACAAUAAUACACUUUUCUAUCAGCAUGUGAAGCACCAGUUGAAUUCUUCUCUAAAGCACACACAAGAACACAUAUCCUGGCAGAGACCAUGUCUGCUGUUACUAUCCAAGGUCUGUGAUGCAACUGCUGAGACAUAAGACUGACAAAGAAGCGCAGAGCCAGGAGAACAAAUAGAGGAAAAAUGAAAGAACACCUAAAGAGCUCUGCACUGCACAAGACAAAUUCAAAGGGAAAAUAGGGCUGACUGAAUUCGCAAACCUCUGGUUUGAAACUCAGUUUAAAAAAGACACUUGUAUAUAAUUGUAUAUAUCCAUGUACAGUAGGCUCUACAUUUUCAGUGUUGUGUGUGUGUGUGUGUGUGUGUGACAGCAUUCUCUCUGUUUAUGAUAUUCUGUGCUGAAGUCGUACCAAGUGGAGCAGCUUGUCAGAAUUGCCUCUCUGGCAUGUUCAUAUAUAAUUGCGUAGCAUUGCUGGGAGUCCUCCGAUCUCCAGGGAUGGGCCAUGAGGGUCUCCUGAAGGGCAUUGCAGGACAAGUCAAGUGAGGUCACCGCUCACCACAGUGUAGGACCACAGGUUAGGGAACUUGGUGUGAAAUAGUGUGUUCUUUCCACCAAACAAAAGGAAAAUCAUAAACAUAAACAUUGAUUAUGUACGAAUACAUACAAAAAUGGUAUUGCUCAAUCGCCUGAUCUAAUUUCCCCUUAAUUUUCCUCAUCAUUUUAGAUGAGAAGCAAUUUGAUCUCAAUACAAUUCAUUACCAGUCUCUUAUGUUUAUGUGAUCAUAUCUAUUAAGAUUUUGUGAUAUAUCUUCCGUCAGAUUGUGUAGUGAUUCUUCAAGCUUGUAAAUUCACCUGGAUGGUAGCAGAGGCUUGCAAGGCAAAGCCUUACAAGUUCUACAGGAAGUCAUUUUGUGAUUUCCCAGUGACUAUUUCUGAGAAUGCUUCACAGGCAUGGGAAUGCUCAACGAGACGUGAUGUCACUGUGUUGCAGAUGUUCCAGGAAGUGUGGUGUGAUACUCACACAAGUAGCCACCUACGUAUUUAUGGUCUGAGAAAGUAAUGGAAAAAAGACAGGACUGUGUGUUUUCCUUUGUUGUAUCUUUUGGCGGCCUGUCUUAAGAGGUGGUUUGGAUUUGUUCGGUUCUGAGUAACCAGGAUGUAGAGUGAUUGGCAGUGUUUGUCAGAAAGGUGAUAUCUUCGUGAAUUAGAGGUUAUUUCUAAAUAUGUUUCUGUUGUUACCCAAAUAAUGGGGUUGACCAGGCUUCUAAUAAUCACAGGCCAUGGCUUUAUAAAUAAUAAGGGCUACUUGACGUUUGAUGUUGUAAAUCAUCUACAUUUUCAGGUUCAUCCCACUAACAGACAUUAGGGUGUUUACAGUACAGUAUAGGACUGUGUGUUUUAAUGUGAUCUAACGGAAACAACACAGUAUAAGGUAACACUUUCUAUUAAGUUGCCAUGUGUGACACAAUAAUAACACAAGAGCAAUGGUUGCUGUAGAAUUAGUAACCGUAGCCCACAACCAGAACAAGGUGUUUUUAAUAACAGAUUCCCCUAAAGAAUGUUAUUGCACGUGUGUAGCUAUUCAGGCCACUACCAUCAACUCCACAGUUCAUUAUUGUGUUAAAACCAUCUUGAUCUAAUUAUGUAAAUAGGUUAAGACCUUGUUAACACAAGAGCAUCAAGACAUACUGUCAUUAACUACUGGUUGUAUUCAGUAGGUAUGUAUCUGUGUUGUUAGCUGACUAGAGAUUAAACAUACAAGAACAUUGUAGUAGUUUCAUUGGAUACAUUUUAUUCAUUAGAAUAAACAGUUGGUAUCUAACCUAAACAGUUUAAUCGCUGGUAUCUGACCUGUUGAGUUGAAGGUAGCACCCCUGUAACACGUAAAAUGUGUUAUUCCAACCCUAGGCAUUAGCAAAAUAGGAAGUGGCUUAGGGCCCCUGACCUCUAGGGGACCCCACUCCUCUAGUGAGCCCGGGGUCAAUAGGGAAGAGGGGGCCUCCAAAAGGCUAGGGCCGGCCCUGAUUGCAUAAUUUUAUUUGCCUGCUGGAACAAAAAUGUUUUUAAUAGCAUCAAAAGUUAGAUAUGUGGAAUAUCAUUCAACAACUGAAUGUCUAACAGAAAAUUCCUUGUUCCAAUUAAGAUAUAUCUGAUUCGAUGGUUUCUUUCGUAACCCCAGUUCUAUGAGCUUCACGAUAUAGAACCAAAACAACCACAAUCCCAUGUUGUUACAGUAAAUAGUAAUAAGGGCAGCUUCAUAUAACGUCUUACCUAGUAGGAUGGUGAAAUUCCCAUGCAUUUGUGCCACAGUGUUUGUGUCCAUGCAUUACGUCCACACCGUGCGCUAAUCGCCAACAUAUUUCAUUAAUCGCUAAUAUGCUAAUGUAUUCCAAUUUAAUUAAUGAAUAUAAUUCGCCAUCGGAUGAUCGCCACAUCGAUUGGUAAGGGGGCUUAACAGAAAAUUAUGCCCGCAUUGAGCUGCCCCUUGAGGCUGUCUCCUUGAAGAGAUAUCUGGGACAGGGCUAUAAUGGAAACUCACCACAAGCCUGAUCAGAUUAUGAGAUGAUGUGGAACACCUACAUUGGAGAUUAAAGAUUGGCCAUUACACGCUUGGUUUACACAGCACAUCCAUGCCCCACUUAGUGUCCCACUCGCUGCUGAUCCAGUUAUGUGUGACGUCCCCUAUAUCAAGGCAUUGUUUAAAGGCCUGUGAAACAUAAGGAACAUUAUAUUUGCAUUUAUUAUCUCUCUCUCUUUCUGACAUACUUUGCCCCCCAGUUUCUCCUCCCCUCCAAUGUUACUCAUGACCAACAUUGUUCCCAAUAUUAUGAAAAUAAAAGACGACGCAACCUAAUGCAAAUGCACGAGAGGCGAGGAGAAAUGAGGCGAAAUGUUGGCCAUAAGUAAUUAUCAAUACAUGCCGAUUUUAAUGGAACUAGUGAGUGCAAAGGAAGUGCCCGAUGAGCGUGAACUGGAUCGUUGCCAUCUUCCUUAUUUAAAUGCAGGUUAGCCACUGGAAUCCUGCCAUGGGGCCGCAUAUAAUUCAGUCAAUCGGUUUGACUGCACGAGCACAGCAGCGUGCAUGAGGCAUCCAUCUAAGUUCACAAACCAGCCAUCCAUCGCGGUGAUAAGUGGACCCGUGUCUGGGUAUCAUCUGUCACAUGUCUCAGUAGUUGGCGGAAAAAGCAUCCUAGGUACCCAGAACGGAACUUCUGAUUAAUCUCAUGCUAAGCUGACGUUUCAGUGAUACCAGCAGGGAAGUAAGUACUCCAGCACAACUGGCGGUCUGGGCAUCUUGGCUUUUUUUUUAAUGUAGCCGUUUGUUUGAUGGAAAGUGACAGCCAUUUAUCACCUGUGGAGUGACAGGGUUCACCGCUCCCAGACAAGAUAGCCACUACUAACUGGUCUUUUUGCUGUUUUAAGUCGCGCUGAAAAGCAAACCCUCUUUAGUACUCCUCCCCUGUCAACAGCGCGUUUGUUAGUCUAAUGGGAAAAAAUCUAUCCAAUUCGGGCUUUGUCUUCUGAAUACAUAAUGUCCUAGCACUCUGAAUGGGAAAACGUUUAGGGGUUAAGAUGUGUUGAACAAUAGAAAGGCUAUGGAAGAGUGAUUUUUCUAAAUACAUUCUGAUUUAUAUAUACAGACGGCAAAAUUGGAACAUGGUAUUAUUGGCUGUAUUUAUGAUGGUCAUGAGUGUCAUCAAAAAAUAUAAAGUAAAUGAUUGCAGGGGAGGAGUGAAAAUAUAAGUAUAAGUAAUUUGGAAGCUGAGGAUAAUUAAGUGGCCAUGGACACCAGAGUUAACAUCCCUACUCAUACAAUAAGAUCUAUGGGAUCUGUCAUGACCACAGAGAGUCAGGACACCUCUUUAACAUCUCAUCAGAUAGCAACUCCUUAUGCAGGGCAAUGUCCCCUCACUUUUCUGGGGCAUUGGGAUUUGAUCAUUAGACCAUAAGAAGGAGUGCGUCCUACUGGCCCUCCAUCAGUAAUUACAGCAUAAUUUGGUCUCCCAUUUACGAGACACCAUACCACGACCAAGGCAGCAUGCUACGUUACCAACUGUCAAAUAGCACGAUAGUAAUAUCAUGACUUAAUUUUACUGUAGGUUAUGUUGCCUCAUCAUUUUGUGAAGCAGCGCUUAUUCUUGGAAAAUGUUAUUUUGAAAUGAUAGGUCAAAUAUUUUCACUUUCAAAUAUGUUUUUGCAAUGAUAGGUGUUUUCACAGUGUCUCAUAGCACUUGCAGUGACAAUGUGUACAGUCCUGAAAAGCCUGCCAUUGUAGUCAUGGUUGCAGAGAGGUGACCUGUCAUCAGGAUUCACAACAGCCUCUCAAGUCUAAGCAGAUCGCUUUGUAUAGACCAGAUUUUGACUGUCAGCCACAGCUCCCGGUAUGCAAUUGAAAAUAAAUAUACAGUACCACUGAAAUGUUUGCACACACUUCCCCCUUCAUUUGAGUAGGUGUGUCCGAAAUGGUGACAGGUAGUGUAUAUAUAUAUACACACACAGAUUUAUUACAAAUGUGCGGAUUCAUUUAUUAAUGUACAAGGGGCCUUAUUCCACGGUUUUCACUCCUCAUCACGUAAACAUUGUCUCCAUGGCAUCAAAAAAUCAUCAUGUGCUGUCUGAGCUAGCUGGGCUCCACUUCACACGGCUUGUUUCAAAGGGCUAAACCUUUAUAGGGAGAUUUAUUUCUCACUGAAUGUAUGAUUGUGUUUUCUGCUAAUUAUUUAUUUCUUAGUUUACUAGUUAUUUUGAAUUGUAUAGUUUUGUUUUUGAUAGUGUGUACAAAAAACAAAGUGUGACAAAAAAAAUAAAAAUCAAGGUUUUAGUGUGUUGGACUGUUCUUGAGCAAAGGGGCGUUGCCCAUUGAGGUGGGAGUGGUUUCUGUCUGUUUCCACUUGAGAUUGUUGGACUGCGGUUGUUACAAGGCUAUGUGACAUGUAUAUAAAACAGACAAAAUAUUGCCACCAUGUAUAUUUGACAAGUGCCUUAUUACCUACCUGCCAUUUACUAUUUUUAAAAUGGCUCUAUGAUUUUUGACCUGAUACUUUCUUGGUUCAGAAGUGUACUUUCAGUUGAUUAGUAAAUCUACGUUACUGUAGGUGGUGGUGACAGUCAUUGGAACUGAGAAGCACAAUAUUUUUUUAAAUCCCAAUAGAAUGACGGUAAAAAGGUACAGUAUAGGUUGAGUGAAAAGGGGAAAACCCCUUAGUCUAAUUCAUCCCUGGAGGUCUGGAGGGUUCUUUUACACAUGGUUGUGUCCGUGUGAAUGUGUGUGUGUGUGUGUGUGUGUGUGUGCGCAUACUUUUGUCCAUCUGUCCAUCUGUCUGCAUGUGUCAAUGUAUAAUAUAGUAAUGUUGUGUGGUUGGAUGUAUCCUUUGUAAGAGAACCAUAGCAUGUGAAAGCAUCUGGCACGUGGCAUCUGGAAAUCAGACAACUCUAAGACAACACAAGCCACACAUUGCAUUCAGGGAGAAAAAAAAAAGGAAAGGAUACAACAGACAUCGAACACACGUGUCUCUGUCCUAACAUUCCCCAUUUGAACAGUGUCUCAGGAGCAAGUGGCUUACAAAGACGCACUCUGAAAAAUGAACACAAGACAUUUAUUUUUGCCUAAACACACGUGUUACCACAAUAUGAUCAUCACACUCUACAUUUUCUAUUACAUUUUAUAAAGCUAUCGAUUAUAUUGUUGUACGAGUACUGAAUUGGAAGUAAUACAUUGUUGCAUUACAUUACUACAAUACAAUCAAUGUGCGAACAAUAUGGAGGUAAAUAAAGACAAUGUUAAGUGGAUGAGAAUAACAAAAGCAAUUCUGAGCGUGUGAUUUCUAAAGAAGGAACCACUGCCUUGUGAAAUGUAAAACUGAAGUUAAACAAGAAUCAAAUGUUCAUGUUUCUUUUUUAAUUCUGCCCCAUGUUUGAAUUUUGUGAAACCAUUCGAGAAUCCAGAGGUAACCUGCUGUAUUGGCAGAGAGAAAUAGCACUUCAUCACAAACAAUGAAAACCUGACUAUCAGCCAAUAAUGUGAGAAUAUGGGAUUCAUUUUGGCUCAACUCGUAAAUGAGUGAUGAAGGACAAGAGACACAGACUCCUUAGGGAGAAGCUGAAAGACCAGCCGCAAAAACAUGAAGUAUACUGUUGGAAACCUCUGGAUUCUUUGAGAUAUCUGAGGAUUUUUGUUUUUGUUUUACACAACCACAGUCUUUUCUCAAAAUAAGUAAUCAUUUGCAAAUGUAAAAACUUAAUAGAAACUAUAAAAACCUAUUGUGUUUCAAAUGUACAUAUAGUGUACAGUGGUAAUUUUCCAGUUGCGUAAGUAUGUAAACCUCACUAUUGUGCCCUCAUCCACUGUGGCUUGUGGCUUCUCAUGUGGUAGAUACA